UUAUAGUGUACUCUAGACCGAAUAAUGAAUAUCAUUAAAUUUUCCGUGCGAAUGUUGUUGCUCGAGAAUGAUAUACUUUGGAUACUUAAAAAUACGUGUUAUCAAAAUACAAGUGUGUGACUAAGCAGCUGACUUUUUGCCGAAUGCCGAUCAAAGUACACACACUGUACCCAUUACGUGGUUGUUUGCCAUGAUACAACAGAAAACCAACUACGAAGUAGACCGGAUAAGUUACAGCAUUCAGUAAUAUUUUGUAGCUCGUAAUCAUUUAUUACACUUGUUUAGUUACCUUUAAAUUUUCAUCGGUCGUUGUUUUGUCACCGACAAAACUCUCCGGUAUUAAUAUUAUAUAAUAAAUAAUACAGUUGAAGUUCAAUUAUUGUUUCGUGUAUAAGUUGAUUUCAAUCAAAAACUUCAUUAUUAAAAAAGUGCGAUAACAACAACGCCAUCAUGAGUCUCCAAUGGACAAUAAUCGCAACGUUCCUGUACUUCGAAGUCGGAGUUCUUUCACUGUUUAUGAUCCCGUACAUGUCUGCUCAACGCUGGAAUAAGAUAUUCCGCUCGAGGUUUUAUCAAGCGCUCAGCGCUCAAGCCCAGUGGUAUUUUACGUUCCUGUUGUUCAUACUCGUACUAUUCCUGUUGGACUCGAUACGCGAGAUGCGCAAGUAUUCCAACCCAGAACUGUCCGAUGCGCACCAACAUCUCGACCAUGAAAUGCAGGCCAACAUGCGUUUGUUCCGUGCCCAGCGCAACUUCUACAUUAGCGGUAUCUCACUGUUUUUGAGUUUUGUGAUCAAACGUUUCAUCGCUUUGAUGACACUGCAAGCAUCGCUGCUAGCUCAGAGUGAAGCAUCUUUGAAACAAGCCAAGAGUGCUACUGAUGCAGCCAAAUCGUUGAUGUCGAAGCAAGACAGUGGAGAUGGAGAAUCGAAAGAGUUGAAAGCGUUGAAGAAAGAACUAGAAUCCGUUAAAGCUGACAGAGAUGCAAUCAAAAGUCAAGCAGAGUCUGUGACCAAAGAAUACGAUAGGCUUAUGUCAGAACAUGAAAAACUACAAAAGACUGUAGGAAGCGAGUCAAAAAAAGAUGAUUAAUGCAAUUCUUACUUUAAACUUCGGAUUUUAGAAUUCAAAUCUGUUUAAAUAUUUAAAGUAUCAGUUCUAACUUUGAAAUAUCUAACAGAUUUCAGUAUUUUUUUGUUUCUCAUUAUUAUUAUUUUUUAAUUUAUUUAGAUGUCCAAUUAAUUAACUUAAUGCCUUGAUAAUUUACAAAACUAUUUUGAUAGCUUGAAUUUGGUUUUUAAGUUAAUGUACAAAGUGUUAUGGGGUUUUUAUAUAAUUUGUUGUGUUAAAUAUUAAUAAAACUAUUUAUUUUAUA